AUGUUCAAGAGCGGCAUUUCGUCCAUCGCCAGGGCGGCUCGCCCAGCGGUCUCGCGCAGCGCCCUCCGCCCUGCCAGCCUAAGGCUGUCCAAGUACACGGCCGGCUCCAGGUUUGCCAGCACCACCGGUGUCGGUGAUGGCAAGAUCUACCAGGUCAUUGGCGCCGUCGUGGAUGUCAAGUUCGAGGGCGCCAAGCUCCCGGCCAUCUUGAACGCCCUGGAGACCACCAACAACAACCAGAAGCUCGUCCUUGAGGUCGCGCAACAUCUGGGACAGAAUGUCGUCCGCUGCAUUGCCAUGGACGGUACCGAGGGUCUGACCCGUGGCGCUAAGGCCAAGGACACUGGCGCCCCCAUUACCAUCCCUGUCGGCCAUGCCACCCUUGGCCGCAUCAUGAACGUGACCGGCGACCCGAUUGACGAGCGCGGCCCCAUCAAGUCUGACAAGUUUCUGCCCAUCCACGCCGAGGCUCCCGCCUUUACCGAGCAGUCGACCACUGCCGAGAUUCUCGUCACCGGUAUCAAGGUCGUCGAUCUGCUGGCCCCCUACGCUCGUGGUGGAAAGAUUGGUCUGUUCGGUGGUGCUGGUGUCGGCAAGACCGUCUUCAUCCAGGAGCUCAUCAACAACAUCGCCAAGGCCCACGGUGGUUACUCGGUCUUUACCGGUGUCGGUGAGCGCACCCGUGAGGGCAACGAUCUGUACCACGAAAUGCAGGAGACCUCGGUCAUUCAGCUUGAGGGCGAGUCCAAGGUCGCCCUUGUCUUCGGCCAGAUGAACGAGCCCCCCGGAGCCCGUGCCCGUGUCGCUCUUACUGGCCUGACUGUCGCCGAGGAGUUCCGUAGCCAGGGACAGGAUGUCCUUCUCUUUAUUGACAACAUUUUCCGCUUCACUCAAGCAGGUUCGGAGGUGUCGGCUCUGCUGGGCCGUAUCCCUUCGGCUGUCGGUUACCAGCCCACCCUCGCGGUCGACAUGGGUGGUAUGCAGGAGCGUAUCACGACGACCAAGGAGGGCUCGAUUACCUCUGUCCAGGCCGUCUACGUCCCCGCCGAUGAUCUGACAGACCCUGCUCCCGCCACCACUUUCGCCCAUCUGGACGCCACCACUGUGCUGUCUCGUGGUAUCUCCGAGCUUGGUAUCUACCCCGCCGUCGAUCCUCUCGACUCGAAGUCGCGUAUGCUGGACCCCCGUAUCGUUGGUCAGGAGCACUACGACAUCGCCACUCGUGUCCAGCAGAUCCUCCAGGAGUACAAGUCGCUGCAGGACAUCAUUGCCAUUCUGGGAAUGGACGAGCUGUCGGAGGCCGACAAGCUCACGGUUGAGCGUGCCCGCAAGAUCCAGCGUUUCCUGAGCCAGCCCUUCACCGUAGCUCAGGUCUUCACUGGCUUCGAGGGCAAGCUGGUCGACCUUAAGGACACCAUCGCCUCGUUCAAGGCCAUCCUGAACGGUGAGGGUGACGACCUGCCCGAGGGUGCCUUCUACAUGGUUGGCAACUUCGCGUCGGCGCGUGAGAAGGGUGAGAAGAUCCUGGCGGAUCUGGAGAAGAACGCUUAGACGGAUAGAGGCCCUCUUUGUGAUAUCAGAUAAAAGUCGGUGGAUGGCUGGCUUGGAGGCUAGGGAUGGGGACCUGUGUA